AUGGCGGAUUCGAUGAUUGAUGCAGUGAUUUGGUUGGAAAACGACUACACCGAGGACGGCUUGUGGUACAAACAAACUGGCAUCCAGGACAACCUGCCUCAAGCAACAGUCGCUGACACUGUGUGGUAUACAUCGAAGAUGACGGAGCUUAUCGGCUUCCCGCUACAGAUGGCAUCACCUUCGCCCAUCAGCAAUACCGGCAACCGUAACCUUCAAGACAUUGGAUGGAAUCAGCUGAUGAACUACCUACACCUGCGAAUCGACACUCAAGAUCCCAGCUUGUUUGGGUUACCAGACCCAUCCUUCGACGGCACAGCAUGGACUGGGAGUGCACGUGUUACUCGUCAAGACCUGGGACCUUUGCAUGUGAAGCACAUCGAGAUUUUGAAUGAAUUCACCAGAAAGAUCAAGGAAGUAAUGUGCUUUCAACAAAACAAGCAUACUUUCGAAGACCCACGGUUCAACAUUGCGCAAACUCAGUACUGCUUCACACCAAACAUAUUCGCCCAGUUUUGUGUCAAGUAUAGAAAAGAGAAGAUGGAGGCUGGAGAACAAGGUUGGGAGAAUGUGGAAUGCCCUGUGAUCAAGGUCUGUGGCUCGUGCAUGGCAGCGAGACGCCCCGAUGCACGUCAGCUUCUGGUGUGCUCCAGAUGCAAGUAUCGUCAGUACUGCAGUAAGGAGUGUCAGAAGAGGGAUUGGAAGCGGCACACGACGACCUGUCCGGGCGCCGAAAAGAAGGCUGAGGAUAGCGUUACGACGUAG